CAGUCCCGCGUGUCCCUCGUUGCUGUGGUGACUGCUCAGCGGGGCGCCGCGGAACUUGAGCCCGGGAGCUCCGAACCUCAGCAGCCACCGUGGUUCCACAGAUCUCUUAGAAGAAUGAAGUCCUCUCUGAUGCCUCUGGGUCCUCCUGUGAGCCGAGACCGUGUUAUCACCAACUUUCCUAAGUGGUACACACCUGAUGCCUGCCUGCAGCUCAAGGAGCACUUCCAUGGGCAGGUCAGCACCGCCUGCCAGCGCAGGAACACAGGAACUGUCGGGCUUAAACUCUCCAAGGUGGUUGUUGUUGGCGAUCUCUACGUGGGGAAGACUAGCCUCAUCCACAGGUUCUGCAAGAAUGUUUUUGACCGUGACUACAAGGCCACUAUUGGAGUAGACUUUGAAAUUGAGCGUUUUGAGAUUGCUGGGAUUCCCUACAGCCUGCAGAUCUGGGACACAGCUGGGCAGGAGAAAUUCAAGUGCAUUGCAUCUGCCUACUACCGCGGUGCCCAGGUGAUCAUCACAGCAUUUGACCUCACUGAUGUGCAGACUCUGGAACAUACCAGGCAGUGGCUAGCUGAUGCCUUGAGGGAAAAUGAGGCGGGUUCCUGCUUUAUCUUCCUUGUGGGAACCAAGAAGGACCUUUUGUCAGGGGCAGCAUGUGAGCAGGCUGAAGCGGAAGCUGUCCACCUGGCCAAUGAGAUGCAAGCUGAGUACUGGUCAGUGUCAGCCAAGACAGGAGAGAACGUGAAGGCAUUCUUCAGCCGUGUUGCUGCCCUGGCAUUUGAGCAGUCAGUUCUGCAGGACCUGGAGAAGAGGCACAGCACCCGGCCUCAGGUCGGCGACGGAGACCUCAUUCGAAUGGAGGGAAGUAUAUUAGAGACCCAGGACAGCAAGAAGCCCCCCACCCUGAGCUGCUGUUAGCUGGGCCCAGUGUCAGAGGCAUCUACUUUCUGCAUGGGCAGUGGCUUCUGUGACUUUUGGAGGGGUGACAUGGAGUCUAAAUUCUGCGGUGUUCCUGUACUCAAACUGUGGUGGGUCUGUCAGGUGGCCUGAGCUCAUCCACUUCUCUUUGACAGGCUGGGAGCCAUUGGCUGCUGAGUGUUCUGCACUGCCUGGCUACUGGGGCACUUCAGUGAUCUGAGAGACCAGUCCUACCUGCAGGAACAGCAGACAGUCACCGGAGUCUCUCAAGGCCUCGGUUCUGCACUAAGAAUACCACAGUGCUGACCCCACGUCCCUCACCCAUGGCCCACAUUGGUAGUCAAUAAUGGUGCUGUGUCCUGGAGAUCUAGAUAGGGCCUCAGAACUGUUUCCCUUGCAAUGUUCCAGGAACAAGGACUUUGUCUGAACUGAAAGGAACCCACCGCUGUCCCACUUGGGAGUUUUCUAUUAUCAAUAUAAUUUGAAAUUCUGGGUCUCACUGUUCACUCACUGGCCCUCUACCACAGACUCUUAGACCCUGGUAGCCCUGUUGCUUUCAAGGGCAAUGGACAAAAAAGAAGGUCUCUCAGGUCCAUCUAACUGAUCUCCAUUCCCAUUACCUCUGAGAUCCCUGUGACUGUGCCCUCCAGGACAGUGGGUAAGGACAGCAGAAUGAGCCUCUGGCUCACCUGGAGGAUGGAUUUCUUUUACCUUGCUGGGAGAUGAAGAUUGUAUAGCUGCUCUUCAAGUAACUCACUCAACCUCCUUUGAGCUUGGCAUUGCCCUGCUUUGUUGUCUAUGCCAUGCCCACUGCUCCUUCCAUUCCUCUCUCCACUAGCCUGCAUAACUCUCAGGACUACACAUCUUUGAAAAACUUCAGAGUAUCUAGCACAUUCCUUGGUUCAUUACUUCCUCCAGUACAACCCAGGGCAGGCAGCACUGCCACCCCUGUUCUCUGCCUAGAGGAUCUGCCCUCCGCACGCCCCUGUGUCACUCCUCCUCAGGGUCUGCUCUGACUUCAUUGCUAUACCCUCCUUCUGCCAUUGGCAAGUGAGUGCAUCCUGUGUCCCUGUCUACUUCUUGUUGAUGAUGAGAAUUUGGGGACUGGUGUGCCGAUAUGCACCCUUCUCCUAGUACCUAGCACAUCACAUCCAAGUGAUUGCCAAAUAUCAGGAACACUGGCAUGUUUCCCUGCCCACUAUCCUUUGGCUGAAAUUGUAAACAUAUAACAUAUAUAUGCAUAUAUAUUUAUAUAUAUGAGUGUAUGUAUGAAAUGCCUUUUUAUAGAAACCACUUUUUAAUUUUUAUUGUUAUUUUAAAGGUGACAUA